AUGGAUCCCGAAGUGGGGCUCCAAGACCGACGGAGCCGCUACCAAACUCUCAGCUCAAUCGGCCUAUACAAGCCUUCGGAUCCAUUAAGGCUAUUCUCCGACGUCCGAAACCUUCUUCGAGAAUCUCAAAUCGAAGGGCCUGUUCUCGUCCGCCUUUCGCGUGAGUUCUCUACGGACCUGGGCGAAGGACGCACCUGCCGGAUAUCCGCGGUUUCUGGUGCUCUGCGAGACCUGACACACGAUGAAAGUGCCAGGCAAACCGAGCACCUCCAGAAGGGCCUGGAAAAUCUGAGUAAGAUCGCGGUCAAGAAAGCGCAGCUGGAUACACCACUUUCACAGUCACGUGAGUCCUCCGCAGGCUCGCAUACCAGCACCAUCGGCUUCGGAAAGCAGCUCCAUUACAUCCGACAAGAGAUUGUAGUCCUUUCCCAUCCUCGCGUGCGCCAUCAUCCAAACAUUGUCAAACUCAUUGGCUGGGCCCUUGACCUGGAUGCGUUGGAAACGUUCAAUCCCAAAGAUUACCGCGAGCCAAUCAUACCGCUGCUCCUUCUGGAAAGAGCCGAGUUUGAUUUUGAGACGUUCAUCAAAAGAUCCAAGCACGAUCCAAAUCGAUUCGACAUGUAUCGCCAUCUUUGUCUCGAUGUCGGACGUGGACUUCACGCCUUGCACAGGGCAGACAUCAUACAUGGCGACAUGAAACUACGCAACAUCCUGGUGUCCAAGCAACACGACAAAUGGACCGCCAAGAUUUGCGACUUCAGCCAUUCAAGCCUGAAGAUGGCAGUCGGCGAUGGUGACGGCGAGCCGACAGAGUACACUGGCACCAAGGGAUGGACGCCCUUGCCAGGAAGCAGCCGUGUCAUCAAAGGGGACAUGGUCUCUUGUGAUAUCUUCUCCUAUGGCCUGGUCGUAUGGUGUGUCUUCAUGGAGCGCAGUGACACAUUUCUCGCCGAUCGAAGAUUCCAAAUCCGGGAAGAGGACAUUUACCGCAAAGCCAAGGACGAUUUGACCAAGAAGGCCAAGCCAAACUCCAACGCCUAUGCCCAAGAUCAAGACAUGUCGCUCAAUCGAAUUCUGAACGUUUUGGUCAGCUCUGUGCACCACGACCCCUUGCUCUGGGAGAAGCAUCCUUGGGUCUAUUUUGACUGUGACAGGUUCCCAUCAAUCGACAUCAUCGUUGAUGAACCAACUCUUCUGAUGAAACUUGCUUCUUCUACCAGUAGGCUCGUCGAUCUAUGGUCUCAUCAAUGGAAAACAACCACAUCCAGGGUCAGGAAGGUGUGGGAACUCUUGACAUCCGUUUUACAUGGCUUCUUUUCGGCAUUGAGUCAAGGAGUCCUCGCACUAUUUGGCCUCGCACUCGUCUGCAUCCUGCUUAUCGUACGAAGAAUUACCAUUCGGUCCAUGUCCAGAACAAAGUCGGAGAGGCAGAUAGCCUGCGAAAAGCUCUGCGCAGAGCUCUCUUCUUCCUUGGGAAUACGGCGCAUAAAUGCAGAAGAACUCGAUAUCUUGAAUCAUCCCUCAGGUCGACAUUACGACCUUAGUCCGCUAUUGUGGAACUGGACGUUAGCCCGCAGUGACGCUCAGCUCUACGCUAUCGCUCGACUUCGCAGUCGGUUCCUUCCAUGUUGUUGGGACAAGGUCAGACUCGCGUCCGCACUGGACACGACGAACCUUGUUGAAGGAGUUUUCUACAGAGACCUCGACAGUAGCAUUACGGCGUGGCUCUGCCGGGGUGAACUCGGUAAGAGCGAAAUAGACGGUAUGACACUUGCACGCAUGCCAUGGGUGUUGAGGAUGACACCACGCAAAGCCUCCAACUUGAUGAUUCUUUUGGAAAAAGGUCUUCGAGUUGAUCGCAUCUACGCUGGCUCCACCGAAACCAUUCUCUACUCAAUUCUACACAGUAUCGGUUCUUCGGAAGAUGAGCAACUACCUACUUUGUUUGAGAUACUUCUUGGUAGGUCGAGAGAGGACGAGUCUUUCAAAUGGUUCAUGACCGGCCAAGGUCUGGGUGAUCGCUUUGGGGAGUCCACAAGCAGUGAUGACUCGGGCUUUCAAACUACAGCUCUUCAUGAAAGCGUCAAGGCAGGAUGCCAUGUGGCUGUUGGCAUCCUGAUCCAAGCUGGAUUCAACACAAGAGCGAUGGAUUCCGAGAACAAGACGGCAUACGCAAGGGCACUGGAGAUCCGAAGACGUACCAUUAAUGAAGAUGCUCGGUCUUUGUCCUUGGAGAACGACAAAAUAAUCGGUCUUCUCGACAAGUUUGAACAGGAUCAGAGGGAGGACGAUGCCGAGUUCGAGGUACCCGCAGGCUGGGACGUCUUUGAUCUCCCGCACCCAGAUCGCAGAGUGUAUAGGGACCGCCAUUUCAACUCCUUGACGUUACAGACACCCUGUUUCAGCUUUUUCAGGAAUCGAAGGCUCGCACUGGGGUUCGGUGAGCUGAUCUAUCACCUGGACUUGCUCUCCUUCCUACCUCAGAACCAGUACAGGACAAAACAGUACGCGCACCGGUACACAGAGCAAUGGUAUCGAGAUGAUAUCAAAGACACUAGGCUCAAGCUGCGAGCUGUGCUCGAGCCUGUGAAACAGCAGCCACACUACCGUAGGUUACGUCGAAACGCAUUUCAUUUUUCCUCAGUCGAGGGUUUGCUGGGAGAAUCAACCCAUCUCUUAAAUCCACCCCCUCCAUUCCAUCAGGCCAGCCCCUCUCGUCAAGCUGAUCUCACAACCCCAACUGUUCUCUUCUAUCUUCAGUAUUCGAUUUUAGGAGCGAGAAGCUUCGAGCGUGGCUUUUAUUUGACCGGAAAGGCUUAUUCUGACAUAUUGCUGCUUGCAAUACCAUUCGCACUCGCCACGCAACCCGCCGGCUGGAGCCCUUGGAUUGGAACUUGCUGUGCACUGGCUAGCCUGAUUCCUCUUUGCGGUUUGUUUAGCGUCUCCGUCUCACGGUUGAGACACUUUGGAGACCAUAUGGGAAACAUGGCCGUUGGCACAACAAGCUUGGUGGAGCUAUUUCUUCUAGGUAUGCUUUGGAUCGCACAUGGAAUCCAACAUCGCCAGUCAUGGUUGUUUGAAGUCCCAACCACCAUCCAAGUGAGCUUAACAUUCGUAGGCUCAUUGAUCACAAUCCUUCCAAGCACUAUCCGGAUGGCCGGGGGUUUUUAUAAUACCCUAGACAUAGCGGUCACCGUAACUCGGGGUGCCGGUGUAUUUGGGAUCUGCAUAUCUCUGCUGGCACAUUAUUUCGAGCUACACUCGCAUGCGGACUUCUACGUCAGCGAGGAACCGGAUGAGGACGAUGGAGCCAACCUUGAGCCUGGACUUCGAGUUGCCUUCGCAAGCGCACUACUAUCCGGGAUAGCAACCGCAUUCUGCAGCAAUGCCCUUCUCCAGAACUUGGUGCAUCUACCCACUGGUGCAAUGGCUCCCCUAACACUUUUCUGUGUGCCAAUCAUACCUCGUCUAUCAACCACAUUGUCUCUAUUGUCACAGUCAUAUUCUGGUCAGAGCGCACAAGCAUCGCAUAGCGCCCUCGCUGCAAAUUCACAUAUGCUUCUUGUAGUAGUACCUAUGCUCAACCUUUUGAGCUGGGCGAUGGAGUGGGACGCCACGAUUAUCUUCAAUACGUUUCAAGUCACCAUCAUCUUUGUUGUCACUUGGGUCAUCUCAGUAGCUACCCAGGAGCGGAGGGCAGACUACUUACGUGGUUCCGUGCUCAUUGCACUGUACCACGUUUCCAGUUUGACAUACUUUCUCUACAGCAGUAGAGAGGUUUAG